AUGGUAACUAAUCAAAAAAAGUGGAACUCUGAGCUCAUCUGGAAGCUGUUUAUGCCAGAAUCGUCUAUUAGGAUCCUGACAACCUACAUUCCUAAGGAGCAUAUUCAGGAUUACUUUGCAUGGAGUGAGUCUAAGCAUGGGGAUUUUAGAGUAAAGGAUGCUUACGCAUUCCUUCUUGGGCUGCGAGGAGGCCUUGAAUCCUCUUGUAAUAAAAGGAAGUUUUGGAGUAAACUCUGGGCUUCUGAUCUUAGACCCAAAUGGAAGAUUUUUAUCUGGAGACUUCUCCAAAAAGCCCUAGCCACCAAUUGUAACUUAGCAAAGCGCAACAUUCCCAUAAGUGUUAACUGCAGCAUAUGCCAUCAAUUUCCAGAGGAUGAAAGGCACUUGUUCAGAGACUGUGAUAUUUCUUCUCGAAUAUGGUCUGCUUCUGCACUUGGAAUUAAUACUCGGUCAAGUGAAUACAUUCCAAUUGAAGAUUGGAUCCGGAAUUUUUUACAACUUUUUUGGCGGGAAGACGGAGUAAAAUCCGAGAGGGUAAGAGAGUUUGUUACUACUCUCUGGUCAAUCUGGCUUUAUAGGAAUAAUGUUGAGUUUAAGAGUUUAUUCGAACACCCGUCUGUUAUACUACAAAAGAAGAACAUCCUUCUCGAAGAAUUUGACGAAAGUAAUAGAAUAAAAGGACAUCAAAUUAAGGGGGGUUAUCUGAGUCUGACUCCCAUCAGAGGGUCUCACCCAUUCUAUAUACUGAUCAACAAGAAGCAUGCAAAGUUUUGGUAG